CCGGCCGGGCCAGCGCACGCCCCCGCGCCUGAUAGGCAGCGAAUGUAGUGAGAGGCCUCCUGGCCGCGAGCCGCCACAGCGCCCCAUGGCGCCCUGGCUCGGCCUGGGCGCGCUGCUCCUGCUCGCGGGCACGCCGGGGGCGCCGGCCUCCAGCGCCGCGCGGCGGCGGCAGGAUGACGACCAGCUCCUCGGCGCUCCUGGUGCGGCGGCGCCAGAGGACGCGCAGAUCGGGCAGCUCACGGACUCGAUCCGCAGCCUCUUCAGCCUCGGUGGCUCUGCGACGCCGCCGCCGCCUCCGCCGGCCGCGGACGCCGCGGAGGCGUUGGUGCUGCCGCCCGUCGCGGUCUCGCCCUCGGCCUCGGCGGAGCCCGCCGCGGCCUCGGCCGCGCCGGCCGCGGCAACCACCCCUGCCGCGCGGGCGGCCGCGCCGGCCGCCGCCGCGCCCGCCGCGCUGGUGGCCUCGGCCGCGCCCGCUGUUGCGGCGACCUCGGCCGCGCCGGCCGCGGCGACGACGACCGCCGCGCCCGCCGCGGCUGUGACGACCUCGGCGGCCGCGCCCGCCGCGGCUGUGACGACCUCGGCGGCCGCGCCCGCCGUG